AUGAGGCACGCGAUUACCACCAGUACGGUCAUUGCUGCCACCAUAUCAAGUGCUGUUGCGCAAGCUUGUGCUGCCGGCGCAGCCAAAGAAAUUGGGGGAAACUGGUAUUGCGACGCGGUAAAAGCCAUCACAUACUCUGACUUUGGUUCGACGGGCUCCUACAACAAGAUUACCAACAUGGAUGGUGGCAACUGUCAGUCAGAAUCAUUUGAUUAUUCCGGUGCUUUGGCUCCUAUGGAUGGAGAGGUUUCCUGGCACUUUCGUGGCCCACUGAAUCUCAAGCAGUUUGCAUUUUAUGCACCUGGGUCUGGACUUAGUAAACAAGAUAUCCAGCCCGAGUCCCACGAGCGACGACAACAUGGCCAUGCUCACUUCCAUAAGCGGAACAAGGAGGUUGGUUCGAUCCAGGAGGGCUAUAUUACCGAAGAGAAGCGUGAAGUAGGUGCCCUAGUAAUCGCCACCAUAGAUGGCAAAGUUGCAUCUUGGAUCAAUCAGUACGAUGGUGAGGCGCAACCGACGCCAGCACCAGAUAGCUCAGCUGCGCAACCCGCAACCGAGGUCGAUGCAAAAGCAGCUACUCCUACCAUGAAUGCUGGUGACGGGCAGUGGGGCCGUCAAGCUUAUUACAAUGCAGAGCAGCAGAUGGCGGAUGGGCUCACCUUUCUCAACAACAUGGGCGGGCAGGGCUCCGGUAUAUUCGACGAGGUCCUCGGCAUGUCGCUUUCCUAUGCAGCAGCGGACGCAAAAUCUGGUGCCGCCUCUCCUCAAAUCCUUGCAAAUCAGAUGCUAGGUGACGGUGAUGAGAUUGUCGUCAUGACAGACACACCCUGCAAGGAUGGCGACUGUGGUGUCACACGCCCUGGUGGCGUGGCAUACCAUGGUUUCAAUGGUGCAAAGAAGGUCUUUCUCCUGGAAUUCGACAUGCCAAUAUCAGGGGCAACUGGCUGGAACAAGGACAUGCCAGCAGCCUGGAUUCUCAAUGCUCAAAUCCCAAACACUGUGCAGUAUGGCAAACCGGAGUGCUCAUGCUGGGAGUCGGGCUGUGGUGAGUGGGAUAUCUUCGAGGUCCUCGAUUCCGGCAAUAACCGCUGCAAGUCCACCAUCCAUGGCAACAUCUCUGGGGGUGAUUCCAAUUACUUCGACCGACCUGUAGAUUCAACGGUCAAAGUAGCCGUAAUAUUUGAUGGCGACAACAGUGCCGGGCAUAUCGUCAUUCUUCCGGAUGAGGCCAGUUUUGAUCAGACUCUGACUGAUGCUCAGGUCGCUGAAUAUGUCAACCAGGACAGCUCUGGAGUCGCCAGAUCGCUUUUCAGGCUUGGGUCAUGA